UUAAUUUUGGCGAAUGGUUUUGAGGGUGUAACCCGUUAACCCAGCUUUGUCUUUUCCAUAUAAAUACCAAGUUGUGGUAGGAUGCAGGCAUCAUUCUUGGCCGAGCUGUCACACAAACAGCAAGAAAGCCUUCCUCAAACUUAAACCGGUUUAUCUUAUCUACAUAAAUAAAUUAUAAUAAUGUCGCCCUUUUUUCAUCGACUUAUACUCGUUUCGGUCGCAACGGCAGUGUUUUUUGCAACUGUCAUAAAUGGAAAUGUCUUGUACUCUUACGGGAAACGGUUCAUGACCAGCCCAUAUCCUGAAUUGAAUUACGCCAUCACGAAAACUUGGGACAACCAGAGCACCACGGACAAUGCCGAGUUUCAAGUAAAAUUCCAAGUCGUGGACGAAUUUUACCCGCAUGGUCGCGGACUCGUUGUCACGUUUGAGGGUCCAUAUUAUAACGAACCCCUGAUUUCCGACACAGUUCCGGUCGACAAGCCCUUCCUCGGCUUGUGGAACUACGAAGUUGUAGAGUCCUUCUUCCUCGGAAAUGAUGACGAGUACCUGGAAAUUGAGCUGGGGCCGAAAGGACACUACGUCCUGUUGUUACUCAAAGGACCAAACAAUCUCAUCACAUAUCAGUUACCUCUAACCAACUACACGGCGCAAUGUUCCACAGUUUCUGGUCGCUGGUUAGGACAGGCGUACAUUCCUGGAGAAUAUUUCCCCUGCAAUGUGACCAGAUUCAACUCGUUCGCCAUCCACAAGUCGGAGCCACACAGGGUGCACAUGGCCUUGUACCCGGUACCACAGGGAAAAUAUGAGGCGGCCGACUUUCACCGGUUGGAAGCCUUUGAGCCAAUUUCUUUCGGAGUCGAGUUAAACCCAAAGUGUGUCAUGGGGUCAAAUUCGCAUCCUCAUCACAACCUCACUGGCAGUUUGCUUCCCGUCGAGGAUAUACCUGAAGUUGUGGAAUCUUAGAAAUAAAUAGGUUAAAUGAUUCAUAUUUUCCAAAUGUUCUCGGUAUUGUAAGUAUAAAAUGACAUGUCACGUGAUUGGACAUCAACGGCGUCGCGAUGUAUAUUUUAAGUAAUAAACUAAAGUGAAAUUGAAGAAAAUCA